ACGUCAUGAACACAAACAGGGGAUAUUACUACGCCUUAGCGUUACUAUUGUAGAUUCGAGAGGACCAUGGGAACUUUGCACGUCGCUGUGUUGUACUGUUUCGGACUACAUUUGGUCAGUACUUUGUCGUCUGCUGCCAGUAUUGGACAAGUUUGUGAUUUGUCACUCCUACCGAACAAUGCGUCAUAUGAUGCCAAGAUAUAUAACGAAGAUAGCAAUGUCUGGCUUAACCCUGGACGUGGGUUCUAUCAUAAACUGAUGACGUCAUCGAAGACAGUUGACUUUGAUGCGAUCAAGGAGGCAGCGCUAGACUGCUGGCGAGGACGAGAUGGUACGACGCUUUUAUUACGUCUUUAUUUAUUGGACGACUUGUCUGGCGCACCACUCGACCAAGACUUCCUCGGCAAAGUUUGGCAAGACAUGGCUACCGUACAGAAGGCCGGGUGGAACGUGGUUCUUAGGUUCAUGUACAAUACUGACCUAGAUGCGACAUACAACACACAAACCUCAGAACCUACACUUGAAAAGAUACUGUCCCAUGUCGUCCAACUCCGGCCGAUAUUCCACGCCUUUGAGGGAAUCAUAGUAGCGAUACAAGCAGGUUUUCUAGGAGAAUCAG